AGCAAGUGCAAUGAGUUACAGGCAGAGGGACUUAGAAAUUUCAAUUUGAAUAUCUUCUGUUAGAGUUAUUUGAGUUUUUGAGCUUAGAUAUAGAUAGGAGUGCUCCUAGAACACGCUUGUUGAGGAAAAAAUGGUCGACGUCCCUUCCUGCGUCACGUACGAGUACGACGAUGGUGCUUGUACCUACAUUAGCCACGAGGAAUUAGAUAGUGAGAGGAGAACCUACUUCGCCAAAGUCGAACCAGAGGAACCUGUAUGGAGCAGUGCAGACGUGAUAUACACGGUCCUGGCAAGAGAAGGGGACGGCAGGGAAAGAGAAUUCUUCUUACAUUGCCCACAAGGAGGAGGUAAAUUGAUUAAUUUUUCGAUUUUUCUCUAUGUUGAAACCUCAGGAAAUUCUUCAAAAAAGCUUGAAGAUAGAUGCUAGUUUGAAAAACAUACUAACAUGAAGACCCUCUAGCAAAAAUCCAAAGAAUUUUGAUUUUAUGUACUUUUGUAGAAAUUCAAAUCCAGAAAACACAUUAAAUAUCAUGGACGAUGACGAUUUUGACGAAAUGCUUGAUGCUCUAAAUUCAGGAAACACAUCAAAUUCUGUAUUUCGUUCCAACAAAAUCUAUAAAAUUAUGAUUUUAUUCUAUUUUAAUCAAAUUCAAUUCAUGUUGACACAUUGUUGGCGCCAAAAGAUUUGUGACUGAUUCAACACGAAAUUAUGCAUCUAAAUUUUUCUUCAAUUUCUAGAUUUCAUUUUUAGCACCGAUUUCAAUUCCUUUCAACCAAAACCUCAUCGAACCUCGCAGCUCCAGCACUUAUCCUCCGUGAAUGUCGCAUGACCUGUGAUUCAGUGGCACCUUCUGAGCUAGUACAAUACCAAUUCGAGGAACCAUGCAGCGAUUGGAGGAUAGCGCCAGUGGCAAAAGGGUCGUUGGAAAGGUACGUAAGUAGAUUACGGAUGCUAUACUAAUACUAUCUAGUACUGACCGUUGAAGAGUUGUAAUCUAGUGUCAUGUAAGUAGAAGAAAUGAACAAAGAAGUCUCAAGAACGUAGUAGUUCCUAUAAUUAGUAAAUUCUCCUCUCUCCUUACCACUCCCAGUUACAUAGCUUUCAAGUUCAAAGCAUGGCGGGAGCAGUUGGAGAAGCCUUCGUGUGAGGCAGAGUUUAGACGCAUGCUGCAAAACGGCCUCGUUACACGCAUAUACGACGCACAUAUGUUCCCCACACCUGAGGGUCUGAAGGGAAAAUACGAUUAAGAACAGAAUUGAAGUUCUGUGUACAACUGGUCCUUCUUUAGAAGGGGUGAAGCAGACUCAUUCUCAUGACGCGCGUUACUUUUCACACCUUAAAAAGAUGAAAAAGUAUAGCUUAAUAAUAGAUUUUAACUUCUCCACGGUUGUAAACGCACUCCAAGAACUCAGUAGUCCCUAUUCCGCUACUUCUCUCUAACCCCUAGUUACAGACGAGCGCAACGGCAAGACCCUGAAGUUGCCGCAUCCAGUUUCGGGUUUACGAGUGUGGAAUGCCAAGAGCAAGAGUUACGAAUCCAUAAACCCAAGGCUCGAGGGCGCACCCUCGGAAGCGGAAGAGGUAGCGUACUGGACGCAACUCUUAGAGGAGUUUCGCGAGAAAAGAGGCGCUGAAUACAUCGAUCAAUUGAUUGCGGGAGGAAACCCUACGGCUACGCCUGCCGCGUCACAAUGAGGAUGUUGAACUUGAAAUGCAGAGGAUUAAGUUGUUAUCUUCAUGGUCGUCAUGACGAGGUGGAGAGACAUGAGAUGCUCAGCCUGAGUUUUCCACAUGUGUAAGUAGCUUUCCCACACAGAAACCGAGGAAAAUAAUACUCCUACUCUUCGUCCUAUCCCAACCAUUUUCCCAAUGUAUUUUUUUGAAACCCAAUGAACUUGUGGUUCUAGAAGUCGUGUAAGCGACUGCUGUCGUCCUUAAUAUCAUCCUGGUGCUGUCACAGACUUGCGACAU